GAAAAUCUUCGAAAAGCAGUGUCUUAGAUUAAUGUCUUAGAUUAUUGCGAUAUAUGUACAUAAAAUUUUUUUACAAUUGAUGAAUAGACUGGCUGAUCUCGCGUAUAUGUGUGUAAUGUAUGUAUGUGUGUGUCAUUGUUACGAAUUCCCUUUAUAUGCUUCGUAUUGAAUUUACGUUUCGAACUGCGCGCAUAGUAUGCGCCACGUAUGUGACAGCUUUCUGUCUAUAUCGCUUGAAGUUUCGCUCGCUUCUGCUUGAAUAGGCAACGAUCGAGCGGAUCCGUGAAAGGCAAAUACACAAAAUAUAGGUUACAUAUCGCUCCGUUGCUCUUUUAUGCUCUUCGGAACAUGAGGUCGCAAAUAUCGAGCCCUUUUUUAAGACACGGGCAUCUACCCAUACGAGAGGUGAAUUGUUAUCGACGUCCCUUCCAGUUUGCGUUCUCGUCGAGCUCCUCGUCGAAUCUUUUUUUCAGGAUGAUUGCUCGUACAUUUGGCAAGUUUCCGCCGCAGAGCGUUGCGAAUGGGUGAGAAACACCGAAGACUGCUAUACAGACUCGGUGAUUCAGUAUACGGUACUGUUAUUCUGCUACUUCAGAUCCGAAGACAUGGUGUUGUUCGCUGCCGGCCUGGUCCUCGCACUCUUCUGGUUACUUUUUUUAUUCUUGAUUUUGGGAAUCACAGCGGAUAAUUUUUUUUGUCCAGCAUUAGCGGUAAUAGCCAGCGUAAUGCAUCUAUCGGAUAGCAUAGCAGGAGUGACGAUAUUGGCAUUCGGAAACGGCGCGCCUGACAUCUUCACGUCCCUCGUGUCAGGAGGCGACAAAGCGAUAAUAAUGUUCACCGAAUUAAUCGGCGCAGGUGUCUUCGUGACCUCGAUUAUUGCCGGUUCCAUCGCGAUAGCUAAGCCCUUUAAAGUUUCGCUCAGGUCCCUCAUGAGGGACGCCUGUUUUUACAUCGUUUCCGUGUGUUGGAUAAACUACGUGGUAUGGGAUGAGAUGAUUUACCUCUGGGAGGCCGUAAGUCUUAUUCUGGUCUACAUACUGUUCAUUGUGGCGGUCGUGAUAAUGCAGGUAUACGACACCAGAGAGCAGACUCUGAAAACCAGGAUCCCAAGUGUGCCCGAUCCAGACGUCCUGCAUACUUACUUGGUGAACAGAGACACAGGCGCCAUUCCCAAGAUUCCCGGUAGAAGCCGACCUUUUGGCUUACAUGCCAAGCUAGAUCUCGCAAUCGCCACGGAGCUAGAGAGAGCCAAGAUGCGGGGCGAGUCCGUUCGAUUAGUUUCGGAAAUUAGUGACUACGUUUCCGACCGACCGAAAGGUCUCUUCAGAGAAUUUUUGUACGAUGUCAAUCCGAUCAGCGAAGAAGACUGGAAGAAAUCGAACAAAUUUUUCAAGAUCAUCUUAAUUGUACGGUCACCCGCCAUGCUACUACUGCAGCUCCUUGUACCGGUUGUAAAUCCUACCGUCGAGAAGAGAGGCUGGUCGAAGCUAUUAAAUUGCUUCCAGUUAUGCGUAACACCCACUGCAGCAUUAUUUCUGUUAAACGUUUGGCAAACGACUUUUGGCAAUUUGCCGGUGAUGCCGAUAGUCCUCGUUGUCGGUACCAUAAUUGGUGUAAUUGUAUUUCUAACGACGCACGUGGAUCGUGUCCCAAAGUUCCAUAAUGUCUUUGCAUUUUUGGGAUUUUUUGCUGCCAUGAUGAUGGUUUAUCUGGUGGCCAAAGAGGUCAUGGCGGUACUCCAAUGCAUAGGAUACGCAUGCAGUAUAUCUGAUGCCAUGUUGGGUAUCACAUUCCUUGCGUGGGGAAAUAGCAUUGGAGAUCUCAUAUCGAACGUCGCUAUCGCUAGACAGGGAUUUCCCCGAAUGGGAUAUACAGCAUGCUUCGGCGGACCAAUGUUUAACACUCUACUGGGACUUGGGCUGACUUACAGCAUCGCCGCUGCCACUGAUCCUGAACAACAGACGAAGAUCAGGAUCAGCGAUAUGGCACCCGGUUGCCUAGCUUUUCUCCUGUGUUCGCUAGUGGCCACUAUAAUUUACCUGAACAUCACGGGAGCUAUUGCACGUCGUUCUUACGCUGGUCUGCUAUACUCAAUCUACUUUGCUUUCAUUCUCAUACAAUUUUUAAGCGAAUUGCACGUGAUACAUCCGCUCGGCACUGAUCAUAGAUCUGAUCUAUAAGACUGAUCUACAGUAUUUAAUAUAUCGUUUUUUGUUGUUACAUCAUUAUAUAUCAGUAUAUAAGUGCAAAAUAAUAGAAAAUCUGUUGCAAUUAGGUGAGAAUUAUCUUCUAUUUUCCCUUAUUUUUCCCUAUUUUCGCAACGUUAGUACUGCAGGAUAAGACAAAAGAGAAUAAAGAAUAAAAAAAAAUAUGGAAGAGCGUUUCUCUCUCAUGAAUUAUGUUAAAUGAGUCAAGAUUAUACGGAUACAAGCAG